CGCAAAAAUUAUCAGCUUUUUGUUCGUCCCAGUGUUUCGGAUGCCCGGUUGAAACAUUUUGAAGAGAAUCCCCAACUUUACGGCCCAAAAAUUCGCAACACAUUCCUAGACAAGCGUGGUUUAACUACCCAGCAGCUCGCAGAACAGCCAUGGAAUGAGCAAGUUGCCUAUAUCAUGGCCAAAAAUGCGGAGGAAAUUUUCAGGAACUGCAAAGAUCAGAGGUUCGGGGAUGCGAUUGACUGGCUUGAAUUAUUCCACGAGCGUAUAUACCGUGUCUAUCUCGAUGUAGUAAAAGGGAGGCCCAAGACACUCGAUGAGGCAGGAACAAGAGAAAGGCCUGAACAAAUUCAAGAUCGAUUGGUCGAGUCGCAUCUCCUUCGCAUCAAGAACAACGGAGAGACUAACUCCCGACAU